AUGGGUUGCAAGGCCAUUAAGGGGAUAUGGACUCAAGUAAAGCGUCGGAUAAGCGUCGGAAAGUCGCAGGAUAAUCAAGGAGUGGUUAACUUGAAUGCCUCUGAAUCUCUUGCUUCAUCAUCAGAACCUCGUCCCUGGAAGUAUGAUGUGUUUUUGAGUUUCAGGGGUCCUGACACUCGCAAAGGGAUUACAGCCCAAAUACGCGAUCGACUUCGUAGAAGUGGCAUUAUAACGUUCAUGGAUGAAACAGAUCUUAGAGUAGGGGAUGUUAUUUCUCCCACACUCAUAAAGGCAAUUAAAGAGUCAAGGUUUGCAAUCGUAAUUCUCUCGAAAAAAUAUGCUUCUUCUGUUUGGUGUUUGGAGGAACUUCGAGAGAUUUGUCUAUCCAUGGAAGAGAGCAGAAUUUUGCCACUUUUUUUUAAAAUUGAUCCUACGGAUGUCCGAUUUCAGAACAACAGUUUCAAAAAAGCUUUCUCUAAGCACGAAACCUCUGGGCGACAUGCAUCAGAGAAGGUGAAUCAAUGGAGAGCUGAUUUAUACAAAGUGGCCAAUAUCUCUGGGUGGAACACAAAUGAUUACAAGACUCAUGAAGAACUUGUUGACAAGAUUGUGGAAUCUCUCCGCAGUAGAGUUACACCUGAUGCAAUUGAAUUCACAGAUGAUUUCCAAGCAUUUGGAGCAACAAAAGAAGCGACAGACAAGGUUAUGAAGGCGCUAACAGAUGACAAGAUUACUGCCGUCGGUGUCUAUGGCAUGGGCGGCGUUGGAAAGACAAGCAUGGUGAGACAUGUAGCUGCACAAGCCUGCAGAAAUGGUACUUUUGACAAAUGGAUUAUGGCUGUUGUAUCCCAAAAGCUUGACUUGGAAAAAGUUCAAGACACAUUGGCAGAGCUGCUGGGCUUCGAAUUAAAAGAUAAGACAGAAGCUGGAAGAGCAGAUAAGUUACAUAAGGAGAUCAUGAGAAAAGAAAAACUCCUGAUAAUUGUGGACGAUGUCUGGGAGAGAACAGAGUUGUCAAAGAUAGGGAUUCCCACCUACAAUGAGCUUCAAAAGUGCAAGUCCAAAGUGCUACUCACCAUGAGGAUAUUGAAUGUCUGUAAUGCCAUGAAGUGCCAUGAAAAGAUCAGACUCAAAGUUCUCUCAGAUCAAGAUUCUUGGACCUUGUUCGUGAGAAAUGCAGGAACAAUUUCUUUCGAGUCCACUUCGUUUAAGGAAGUGGCAUGGAGGGUAGCUGGAGAGUGUAAGAAUCUACCGAUUGCAUUGAUAGCUGUUGCAAGGGCACUCGCAGAUGCGGACCAGGAGGAAUGGGAGAAGGCAGCUGAACGACUAAAGCAGUCGCAACGUGUCAAUCCUAACCAUGAGGAAGACGCAUUCCGAUGUAUAAGAUUAAGCUAUAAUUACUUGAAAGAUGGGGAUUCCAAGUCAUGCUUCUUGCUCUGUUGCCUGUUCCCAGAAGACCAUGACAUCAAAAUAGAAGACUUGUUCCGGUACGGGAUCGGAAAAAGAUUGUUUCGAGAUGCCCAAACAAUGGAAGAAGCCAGAGGAAUAGUAGUUUCAGUGGUCAAGUACCUGAAAAAUUCUAGCUUGCUUUUGGAUAGCCAGAAAAAAGGAUGUGUAAAGAUGCAUGAUGUCAUCCGGGAUACAGCCAUUCAAAUUGCACAAUCUGAAGAGGGGCAUCGGUUUUUUGUGAAAGCUGGCUGUGGUUUAAAGGGUUGGCGGCCACGCGGAUUACAUGAAGGCUGCACUGCUAUUUCACUAAUGAGGAACGAAAUUUGCAAGCUACCCGAAGAAGAGCUGGUAUGUCAAAAUCUCCAGAUUUUAUUACUAAACGGGAAUGAGGAACUAAGUGAGAUCCCAGAAAAGUUGAUCCAGAAUCUGAAAGAGUUAAGGGUCUUGGAUCUUAGCAAGACUAGUAUUUCCGUAUUACCCCAAUCAUUUAGUCUCCUCACCAACCUCCAAGCUUUGUAUUUAAAUAGUUGCGGCAAAUUAGUUGACAUUUCCGUUGUGGGGAAACUAAACAAGCUUGAAAUUCUUAGUAUGAGAGACUGUUCCUUGGUGGAAUUGUCUAGAGAAAUAGGACAUUUGACCAAUCUAAAGAUUUUGGAUGUCAAUCGCCAUUGGGGACAUGGUAUGGUUACAAUUCCAUCUACAGUGAUAUCAAAGUUGCAAGAAUUAGAAGAAUUGUACAUGGUGUACUGUGGAUUUGAAGAGGACGGGUCGUGUGUAGCUGAGGGACCAUCAGAAAGAACCAAUAUUAUUAGGUCUGAUGAGUUAGCUGCUUUAUCAAAUUUGAAAAUAUUGCAGGUUGGCUUGUCUGAUGAAAGUUUCAUCCCUAAAAAUGUUGAGGUCGCACCGGAUUGGGAUUACUUUUGUAUAACUAUCAAUGGCAUAUCCUCGUCCCGUGAAUACAAACAAGGAGAUCGUAAUUCAAGUUUCAUCCCUAAAAAUGUUGAGGUCGCACCGGAUUGGGAUUACAUUUGUUUAAAUAAAGAUGGCAUAUCCUCGUCCCGUGAAUACAAACAAGGAGAUUGUAAUUCAAGAUCCUUGUAUCUUAAUGGAGCAACCAUCAGUACCUUGCCUGAUUGGUUUAAAAAAGCGGUGACAGAGAAAACAGAGAAGCUACAGUAUGACCGCUGUAGAGGAAUGAGUGACAUUGUUAUGGAAUAUGACCAUGGGAGGUUACAUAAACUCAAGCAUCUCACAGUUGGGUUUUCUUUUGACAAGUUGAAAGAGUUGAUUACCACAACAGGACGAGUUGAAACAGGACCCGUGUUUGAGAAUUUGGAAGAGUUGCAUCUGAGACAUCUGAUCUUCCUGGAGGAGUUGUGUGUUGGUGAGUUACCACCUGGGUCUCUCUCAAAUCUCAAGGUGUUUCAUAUGCGAAGGGGACGAGCUAGAACAAGCAAAACUGAGAGAGAUGCAUUUGAUGUCUCUAAAUAA